AUGUUUAAAAAUUAUCCUAACAACGAUGAAUUAAUUGAUGUUACAGAUAUAUUUAAGAACUUAGGUAAAAAUUUAAAAGAACCUACCAUUAUCAAAGCAUCAUAUUUUGACCUUUUUGAAGGUACUCGAUCACUUGAGGUUGAAAAUGCAAGAUUGGAUUCAACUUUAAUACAUUUAACGGAAAUAGAAAAGAAUUUCAAUUGCAAUGCUAUUAUUGGGGAUGAGAAUGACCUUGAAGUCCAAUUGGACAAUAUUAUAUCCAUAAGUGAUAGAUUGUUGCGAAAUGUUAUUUCUUGGUUGAAUAACUAUCAAACACUUCCUACUACAAUUUUAAGUUGUACAUAUGUUGAACAUAUUUUAUUAGCAUCUGAAAAAAGCCAUAAAAUUGAACCUUUAUCAACUGGUAAUGAAUUAUAUGAUAAAACCUUAAGUGGUUUAUGUAUAGGUAUUUGUUAUUUUGGAAAAUUUGUAUUGCACUUAAUGAAAUCAGGAGUCCUUAUGGAAGAAGAAGAUUUAAAUUUUAACUUUAUGGGGUUGGACUUUUUAACAUUUCAAGAAUCUUCGAAGGAAGUACUUGAACUAUUAGAAGAAUCAUUAACAUAUCUGGAUACGCUAGAGAAUGGCAAGAAACAGUAUUUGAAGGAUUUUAUUAGGAUUACAAUAUGCUUGGUUCAUAUUGAAGAGACUUGCACAACAUAUUCAACAGAUUUAAAAUUUUUAAAUGAAUUGGCAGAAUUGGGAGAAAAAUAUAACUCAAUUGAGGUUUUAACAUCUGAUGUACCAGAAGGUUCCUUUUCGAUGGGAAUACAAAAACGUAUGUCAAAUCAGUACCCUCCUAGAAAAUUAGUGAAUGUGACAAAUAAUUAUUCUGGUUAUAAAGAUAUGGCUAUGGAUAUCAAAAGAGUGUUAUUAAUACAUGAAGAGAAAUCUGCCUUAGAAAUGUUACAAUUUUCGUAUUAUUUCGGUAAUUUGCAACAGAGACAUGUUCUGGCUAGAGGAAUAUUCUCAUUGUUCUUUAUGAGAGACAAUUUAACAAUUUUAGGGAAAUAUAAGAUGCCAGAUUUUGUUAUCAUGCAGUUAAAUGAAUUUUCAUUAACAGGUUGUACAUCAAGUAUUGAAAAUUUAACUCCUGAGCAAAAACUGUUCCUCGAACCAGUCCUAGAAGAAGCAACUAAAGUGUUACUUGAAUUCUAUCAAAAUUUUACUCAAAAUAAUUGUAGAAUAAGGCAAGGUUAUAAUAGACAAUUACUACUUUGGGAUUCAUUACAAGCUCAAUUUGAAAACGCUGAAACUUUACUUGAACAAAAUGGUGUCAUUAAUGUGGUUAGUAAUGAGCCUGUGGUUACAUAUUUCCCAUAUUCAUUGUGGGCUUAUUUCCAGAAAGUCACCUUAAUGAUUGAUUUUGUGUUAAAAGGAUUUGACCUUGAAAUCUACCAACCAUAUGAAACGUUUGCCAUGUAUUAUUUUGUUUAUUAUCUAACAUAUAAGAGGGAAUAUGCAUUGAGAUCAGUUCAACAAUUUAUUGAAAAGAAGAUACAUUCUAUUCAAGCUAUGAACAAGAAAAUCAAAAAACUUAAGACUGUAGAGAAAAAGGAGGCUCUAAAAGUUCAAUAUAAAAAAUUGAUGGAAACUGUAAUGCCUAGUUUACAACGUAAUAAACAAUAUCUAAAUUUCUUAACUUUAAGAAAUACUAUUACCAAGUCAUUAAGUCUAUGUCAAUUUGUUCAAUUUGGUGUACUAAAAUCAUAUGGAAUUAUAGACAAUCAUUCUUCCUCAAUUUCCGAAUUUAUUGAUCAUGAACUGAUUCAUAAAUUGAGAUUUAAGUCCUUUUCAUCCAUUGGUGUUCCUGAACUACCUACAUAUGAGAUUUUUGAAAGUACAUUAAAAGAAUUUACACUUUCUGAACCUAAUUUAGACUCAAAAGUUUCAAAUACUAUUGGAUUUGUAAAUAAAGAAUGUACAAAGACAAUUGAAUCUUUAGAUUCAAUUUUACAAGCAAUUAAAGCGGGUGAUAACAAUGGUACUAUGCUCACCGGUUCUCGCUUAAUAAAAGAAGAUGCAUUGAAACACUAUGAACAAUUAAAAUAUAGUUGUCAAGACAUUCAAAAAAAUAUUGUAACUCUAACUAAGAAGAUAAACGUGAUUUCAGAAAGACCACUAUCUGAACAUUUUAAAGUAAUUUUAAAAUUUUCAGAUAAUGGUUCAUCAUUUUUCCCAUUAUUAUCAUUAGAAGAUAAAACUAAGAUUGAUUAA